UUCACCCCACGAGGAAGAGAGUGAGCAAAGUGGUGAGUGAAGCGUGGCGUUGGGUUUUGUUUUGGUUCAAAAUUCAAAUCUUCGACAAACUCUGUCCCCAUCUUCUCUUAUUUUUCUUCCUUUUUUUUCUUUUUUUCCUUUCUCUUUCCUCAAAUCUUUUGAAUUUUAAUUUCGAUUUCACCCAUUCCCAUCUCAACCCUAAUUCCUAAUUCUUCAGAUUCUGAUUUUCCCCAUUUUCAUUUUUCGAUCCCUGCUUCUAUGGCGGACUCCGACUCUUCCACUCCUUCCCCUGCUCCUCUAUCAGCAAAAAAGGAGAAUCUAACCCCCAUUGGCUCCAAAAUUACGGAAUUGAACGAAUCAAGAUCAGAGCUGCUUAAUAGAAUUCAAUCUCUUAAGCAGGAUCUCCAGAACUGGAGGUCAAAACUAGACACGCAAGUUAAUACCUACCGCAGUGAACUCUCCGAACUCAAGAAAUCGCUUAAUGUUGAAGUAGAGCACCUUCGCACGGAAUUCCAAGAACUAAGGACAACCCUCCAGCAGCAACAAGAAGAUGUGACUACUAGCCUGAGGAACUUGGGUGAUGUUUCUGUGGACACUAAUGAGACACAACAUCAACAUCCAGCGGGAAGCCGCGACAAGGAAGAUGCAGACGAGGCUAAGAAGGAUGGCUUAACAGAGGAGAAAGGUAAUGAAGCUGAGAAUUAAGUGGCAGUUUUAGCAUCGUACGUUCUAAGCGUUUCAUUGCAUGGUAAGAGAAUCUUUGCAGUUCUCUCUAGGCGAUGGAUUUCCACAUUUUUCUAUUUUGUCAUGCUCUAUUUAAAUUUCGAUCUUUGUAACGAUAGGGUUCUUUUCAAUAUUUCCCAUUGAGGUGUUCUAUGAUAUCUCCACCCUUUAGAGCUGAUGAUCCGUCUCUCUGGCUAUGUCUCUUUCUCUAUUUAACUAUGGAGUUUAUGUUGGAAAUUUUUCAGUACUUCAUAGCAUUGAUUCGUUGAAGAA